AUGGCAGAGCAUUGCAAGAUUUCUGCUGUCUUUGUGGCUGAGGAAAUGUCAUAUGUGGCUGAGGAAAAGUUACAUUUUGUGCUCAAGCUAGAUGGAUACUCAAGAGCCAAGGAGAUAUUCAAGACGGGCGAACAGGUGGUUUCUAAUCAGUUCACUGUUGGAGGUCAUACCUGGGCCGUGAGAUAUUUUCCAAACGGUGUCAGCGAGAAGUAUGCCAAUUUCAUAUCUGUGUAUCUGCUUCUUAAAUCUGCUAGUGAAAAAGGCACGAAGGCGACAUUUACGCUGAGCGUGCUUGACAAGGAUGGGGAACCGGUUCGUUCAUUCAGCCGCACCGUCCAUAUACACACUUUCUCAAGGGGAGAAGCAUCAGAUUGGGGACACCAUGACAUGAUCAAGAAGGUAGAUCUGGAGGGUUCGGAGCAUCUGAGAGACGACUGUUUGACCAUGAGGUGUGAUAUCGUCAUGAAGGAGAACCACGACGAAGAAACAAGCGACUUGCACCGGCAUCUCGGUAACCUCCUAAAGAGCAAGGAUGCAGCCGACGUAACCUUUCAAGUCGGUGGAGAGUGGUUUUCGGCUCACAGGUGCAUCCUCGCUGCUCGGUCAACCGUUUUCAAGGCGGAGCUCCUCGGCGCCAUGAAGGAGAGUUCUCCCGGUAGUCCAAUCGAGAUUCGUGACAUGGAGGCUGAUGUGUUCAACUCCUUGCUCCAUUUCAUAUACACCGAAUCACUUCCUCCGCCCGAGAACUUGGUGAUGGCUGGUCAUUUGCUUGUAGCAGCCGAUAGGUACGAUAUCGGGAGGCUGAAACUUAUAUGUGAGAAGAAACUGUGCGAUCACAUGGAUUCCGACAUGGUGGCAACCAACUUGGCUUUGGCCGAGCAGCAUGGUUUCCAUGGCCUCAAAAAAGCUUGUUUGAAAUUCCUAGCUUGUGCUUCCAACUUGAAGGCAAUGGUGGAGAGCGAUGGAUUUGAGCAUCUAAAAUCCAGCUGCCCGUUUGUUGUCAAGGAGCUGAUAGCUAGAGUUCAGCCGGCUGAACUAAAGGCGAAGAAGGAUCUUGUGAUGGAAAUUUGA